AUGGGUGCCGACGGCGUUUUCCAGACCUCAAGCUGUGUGCCAGAAUCGUACGACCAGCCUCUAUCGCCCCAGCAGAGACACGCUAGCUGCAAACAGCUGUGGCUUAUAGCUUCUCUCAUGGGCAGUGGCUUUGGGGUGCAAACAAAUCUGGGGCCUGUAUCCGUUGGAACCGAGGUCAUUGGCGGCUAUGCUACCGUCCUCCAGUGGAGUGGACAUCGUGUUGAGCUGACUUUGCUCUCGAUAUCUGGAGCACGCGACAUUGAUUAUUCGAUCCAGUCCGUUCCCUUCCUGGAAGAGCUAGAAGAGCCAGAAGCGCCCUGGCUGGUUGGUGGCAAGGCCCUCCCUUACACGCCCGGGCCUGUGACGGACGACUAUAAGACGUACUACCCAGAACGUACCAGGACACAAACAUCGAAAUCCCCUCCCACCGGCGAGGUGGAUCUCCUCGCCUGUGGUGAUUCAGUCGAGCAAGGGCAUUCACCAAUGGCGAGCAUCCAAGAUCUGCUCUCGGCAGAGGCUCAACCACCUUUGGCCUCUGCCCAGCUGAAAACAACUGAUAUAUCGUCGUCCGAUGGCACAAAGAGUCUUCAUUUCACCAUCGAGUUCAUACUAGACACUAUAUGCCCUCACUGUUAUAUUGGGAUACGCAACUUGAACACGGCUAUCGACUUGUAUAAGAAGCAACAACCACACGCAACUUUCGAGGUGACGUGUUCCCCAAUAAUCCUCAAUCCUCGCGCAGGGCGUGCUGUUGAUAUAAAAGAAGACUACUACACAAUACGGGGAUUUGCACCCUCGACAAUCGAAGAAUGGACCCGGCAAGGUGCCGCAAUAGGCAUCAACUUCAACUGGCAAAAUGGGAGAACAGGCAGCUCCCGUGACUCUCACAAGCUCCUGCGGCUAGCCCUUGAGUCGGCCCCGACGACGUACCGCAGUUCGUCCUUCACUCGGGCAUUUGGACACAACAACGCAGCGGCCGUAUCGUCUCAAGAGACUACAAUGGUACAGAAGGCUCCGGGUGCUCGCGGCCCUGCCACCCAGAUGCGUCUUCUUGAGUCUAUAUUCCGGGAAUACUUUGAGAACGGUCACGAUUUAUCCGACCGCGCCUGGCUACAGUCUCUAGCCGCCUCCUUAACAGAUUUGUCCGCGCCGGAAGUCCAAGCCUGCCUGGAGAGCGACGAGUGGGAUGCUGCCAUCGACCGCCUCAGCGACCGAAACCGCCAAGAGUUCAACGCCGUCCCGGUCUUCAUCCUCCAGGGCCGCUUCGUCGCCGGCGGGUGGCAGAAGCCAGAGCUCUUCCUCGAGAUCUUCGAGCGCAUCAGAACAGAGGGGCCUGCUGCGCCCGGAGGCAUGCUCAGUGUCCCUGGCGGGGGGUGGUGGCUCCCCGGGGGCGUGUUCAGGACGGCCGGAUCUGCUCCUGGGAACGUGCAUGCCGCGGCCUGA